AUGACGAACUUCCCGACCCUCCCAGAUUUAGCGACUCGCGAUUCGUUUGGAGUACGCAAUCCAGAUAUUGCCAAUAUUGGCGACAGCGAUAGCAAGGUUUUGACCGCUGCCACAUCCAACCUACGCGACGAUAUAAGCGAGGUUUCCUCACAGAGCAUAUCAGCGGCUCAAGAAAAGGUUAAUGCCGAAGUUCAUGAGAUAAAAGCCAGUUUGUAUCAGUACUACUCCGUGGGCUUACUGGGAUACUGCAAGUUCCGGGGUCGCGCAGAUGCCGUUUGUUCGCACCCACGUGCCUCAUUCUCGUUCAACCUUCCGGCGAUACUGGACUCUACGUCGGCAAGCCUUGGUGGACUUCUUCCUAGCUUGGAUCAAAAAGGCAUAUCCGGAUACCGUGGCCUAGUCCAAGCUGGCAUUGGGCUUUACAUUGCUGGCUUUACUACGACCAUGUUGGCGGUUGCGCUAGGGGGCUGGAAUCUGAGAUUUUCUCACGGCAGAACCGUGUUUAUCAUCCUUUGCACGCUCUCGUCACUGUUGAUCACGGCCGCCACAAUCUCGGUCAGUGUGAGAUAUGGACUUCUGGCUUUCGGGAUUAAACGCAUCCUGGGCGAAGUGGGAAUUCGAGCCUCCCUUGGAGGGCAAAUGUUCGCAGUGGCAUGGCUGGCGGUCUUAUUUUCCUUUGUAGCCUCGUUGAUUUGGGUCAUUCUUUUGUUUUAA